CUUUCUGAAACCACGUUGCCUGUGCAUCCAACAACGCCAGCACGAGUUUAGACGAUGGCCCAGAGAUAUUCCAGGAGCGACGAGACGUACGAGCAUGGCAAAAAUGAGUAUACGGAGCCGUGUACGACACCCUCCCCCUUGCGAAACAUCCAACACAGAAGAUGGUAUGAAAUGCAUACGAAUGACAACAGGAAGUCUAGUCAAGAUCAGUUUGCACCCACGAGCGUUUACAGGAGACACGCCAUUGACGCUCAACCUACCAGCAAUCUACGUGUCACCGUGCAACGUGAGACCUCUGGCAGACUGAGAGACAAUUACAAUGUCAUCAGAUUCCCAGAAAACAGUGUCAGUGAGCAAGGGCACUCAAGAGAGGACAGUCGCUCACACACUUUUGACAGGAGCAGGUAUUGCCCCACCAACAGGGCUAGAAACUGGGAACCUUUGAGAGGCAGAGAAAACAAACAAUUUGAGAGAGCUACUCAAGUCCUCGGUCCAGAACACCGCGUUCGGGAAAGAACCGCAUCGCCUGCAACGUCUGGCUUAUACAUGCAGGGGGGUCCUAAACAUAAGCGUCCAUUUCAAAACUUUGCUACGAGUUUCCGUCACAAUACCGAAGGGCAUGUUAGCACGGGCCUGCGUGAAGUCAGGAAGCGUAGAGCAGAAGAAUUUCCUGAGACUUCCCCAGUCCACGUCGAUUGGCGUGACACGUGGAAGGACUUUGACUCCGACCCAGUAGCUGGUCAUUCCAGAAAGAGACCCCGGAUGAGCGAACGGCGAUACAAUGACUUGGAGUGUUACUCCAAGAAGUUUACACCUGCCAGUCGUAGGGCGGAAGAUGAGGCUCAAAAGCGUAGGAGAGCCGGUGAGAAGCUGUCUAGCAGGCCCUGGGUAUCCAGCAGGGAAGUGCUCGUGCGCAGAGACCGGACUAAAGCCAAGAGACAUUUGGAAGAGGAGGACCGUGCAAAGAAUUCUCCAGCCGACCAUGAGCGACGCCACCUUGUCCCCGGUCAUUCCAGAAAGAGACCCUGGAAGAGCGAAAGGCAUCUCCGUGAUGAACGAGUAUCCAGGAACAUUGCAACUGACAGUGAGAGCGAGGAAGAGGUGCAGGCACCUGAGCUAACCGGUGGCCGCGUCAGCAGGUCAUCCGGCUGCUCCAGCAGAGAAGUGCUUGUGGAGGAAAAGGGUCCUGUAAAAGAUUUCCCCGUCGACCACGGCCGCCGCAGAAAGAGAUCCAAGGUUCUUGCAGCAGAGAGCGAGGAAGAGGUGCAGGUCCCUGAGCAAACCGGUGGUCGCGUCAGCAGCUCAGGCAGCAGCUCAGGCAGCAGCUCAGGCAGCAGCUCAGGCAGCAGCACAGGCAGGAGCACAGGCAGGAGCUCAGGUAGCAGCCCAGACAGCAGCUCAGGCAGCGGCUCAGGCAGCGGCUCAGGCAGGGGCUCAGGCAGCGGCUCAGGCAGCGGCUCAGACAGUUCCUGUAGUCCCGGUGGCUCAAGGAAUGUAAAAAAAACAAACAUUGACUACCUUGUUGCCGUUAAGAAGGUACCUUCCAAGCCAAAUCAUACCAGAGUGGCUACCUCGAUGCUUGAAGAAGACACUGUGUCUCCUGAGCUCCAGUCUAAAAAGAAGGCUUCAAAGGCCAAAUGCGCUGAGGCUGUAGACGCCACAAGUAAUUCCAGCACAGCUGACACAGAGAUGAUUCGUGCUAAAUCUGGAUCUACUGAGACAGAUCCUGUGUCUGGCACAGAGGUGCAAUCUGCCGAUGAUGCACACAAGUCCUCGCUCCUGUCAAGGGCUGAAGAAGUGCUUGAAUCUUCAGCUGAGCCUCAAAAUGACCCCGCUGGCUGCCAGGAUUUGGUCGCCGCGUCUGAAAUCAUCGCCGCUGUUGCCGCUAUACCAAAUGUCACACCUGAGACCCUGUCAAUAGGCCGAGCAACGCUUGAACCAUACGGCGAAGAAUCAUUAAGCGCGCCUCAGGGUGGCACGCCCGGCCACCAGGAUUCGGUCGCCGCGUCUGAAGUCACAGAGCAGGACGCUGCUGUUGCUGCUAUACCAAACGCCACACCCGAGACAGCCUCAACAAGCCGAGCAACGCUUGAACCAUGCGGCGAAAAAUCAUUGAGCGUGCCUCAGGGUGGCGCACCUGACCACCAGGAUUCUGAAAUCACAGAGGAUGACGCCGCUGUUGCUGCCAUACAAAAUCCUAUGACGACGACUGCACUGCAAUCCCUGUUGGACGGUGAAAUUCCAACAUCUUUCCAGGACUGCCACAACAUGGGCCUCUUUGCAGAGGUAAAUGCCUUUGAGCCACCACACCCUAUGUCUGAGGCAACCAACUUAGAGGACGCAUUUCCAAUUAUUCAAAUGUACACCUUUUCCCAGGAACAAGUGCCUGCAACAAACGAGUGCCAUUCUUUCCCUCAUCAACCCCAGCUUGAGGAUGCACUGCACACACCCCAGGUUCUACCUGUGGAAUCAUUGACACAGUGCUCCUCUCACAUUCGAGGCAAUGCGCCUCUCGCCCCACAGCUUCAAGCGUUUGAGGUGCCCUAUGCACACGUAUCGCGUCAGCCAUCGGCUCCACAAAACCAACACUUUGAGCAAGGUGACGCGCAAAUGUACAACCCACCGCCGGUGACUGUGGAACAGCCCGCAUAUUCCACUGCAUGGAAGCACCAGGCACCUCUCGCUCAAGCCUAUCCAGGGCUUGAGGUGCAGCCCUCAACUCCACACCAACACCCCGAGCACAACGAUGUUCAAACGGACAAUCCACUGCCGGUAACUGCGGAACAGCCUACACUCCAUCACGCCCCCUAUCUUCCCAACCAUCAGGAUGGAACGGGGAGUUUGCUGACUAUGGUGAAACGGUCAAUACUGUGUUCUGUCUGCAAGAUGAUUUUCAAUAGGGCUGUGAUCUGUCGCGAGUACUUGAUUCAGCUCAACAGACCCGUCCAAUGUGUGUGCGGCUGUGUAAUCUGCACGCUGUGUUAUCGCGAGCAAGGAGGUUGCCGUAUGCACAAUGUGUCAUCCAAACAAGGCCCCAUCUGCACCCUAGUUAACGCGAUAGCCAGUUGCCCCGAGCUAGAGGGUCUAGGAGACUGGGACGUAAAACUCAACCUUGAUGACCAUUUUAAGACGGAUGACCAAGUCAACAGGCACGUGCAGCAGAUCACGGAGCAGGCUCACCCAGAUCUACACACUGCUUUCAGGCAUCUCAUCGACAGGAACGACAGCAUGUCCUUCAAGUACUGGGAAAGCGAAACUUUGCCAGAAGAGAUGGCCUACAGAUACGUAUGCAUCCCUCACAUAAAGGGCUUCUGGGAUCAUGUUCUGGUGGGAAGUCGUCCUCCGUCAAAGACCGAAACGAUGAUUGGUCCCGAUGAACACUUACCAAAAUUAUUCAAUGUACGCCUGGGCUAUGUCAGGUUUCACUGGUGCUGCUUUGUAUUACAGGAGCAGGUCAUCUUGGCUAUGUGGUGCACUUUGGUGCCCGAGAGAGGGCUGCCUAAAGUGGUCCCACUCGUUGAUACCACACUAAAACCCAUUACCUCAAGCAAAGAGUUUAGAAACAUGGUUUUCUUUUUGGCAAGGUGGUUUACAGUCCAGUACGCAUCCCAGAAAGAGAGGCAGCUCAAAGUGGUUUUGGACUGUAAACCUUCUGAAGGUUCUACCUUGGUCCACAUCAUAGCUUUGCUGGCUUACAAAAGUGGGAUGGAGAAAGUGAACCCCCAAGUCGUCCAGCGGCGAGCGAGAAACAAUGUAAAUUACCAUUUUAACUCGAGUCACGCCAACGAUAUGUUCAAAUGCCCUUACGUUCAGAACUCGGAAGGAUGUUACAUCAAUAUUGUCGAUGAAUUUAACAGUUUCAAUGACCAUCAGGAGGCUAACGGUCUCACACAAAUAUAUACUGAGCAAUUUUUUUGAAAUAUAUGGCGACACUGCAGUUACUCAAGACGGGUCAUGGGAACCGGUUUGAAAACAACGGGUGUAGUCUUCAAUAUCAUAGUGUAAAGAUAAGAUAGAUGUCCCAAACUAUGCACGUAUCAUUAAGUCAAUUUAUUAUUCUUUUUGUUGUUUAAACAUUCAUGUUAAGGAUAAAUAAAGUUUUCCUGGCACAGUG